UUUAUUGAUAUGCUGCUCCAGUUCUUCCACCCACAUCUCAAGUGAAGGAGCUCAUCUCCGGUUUUGCAUCUCCCUGAUGGCUACCAUGAAUGGAACGCAGAGCACCUGGCAGGCAGAAGCUUCAAGGGGAAUCCAAAUCACAGUUACUGUGCUCAUCUUCCUGGUGGGCGUCCCUCUGAAUGCGCUAGUGGUUUGGGCACUCGGAUUUCGGAGUCGUCGUCACCUGGUGCGCAGAGGCAGUAAUGAGGAGACGCGUGCUGCCAGCAGUUUCCGUGUCUAUGUCCUGAACCUGGCCCUGGCUGAUCUGGUGCUGAUCCUGCGGACCCCACUCAUGUUAGGCUACCUCGUUCACAACAACAGGUGGCCAUUCGGGGAUACUUUCUGCCGCCUGGUCAUGUUCCUGCGGGUCCUCGGAUUGUAUGCCGCUGCUUUCCUGCUCUGUGCUGUGGCUCUGGAGCGAUGCUUGUGCCUGCUGAGGCCAGUGUGGGCUCGACUGCGACGACCUGCCUGGGCUGUCCCUUUGGCCUGUGGCCUCAUAUGGCUGAUUGCUACCAUCCUGUCUGCCCCCUACCUCUACUUCGCCAUCCUCCAGGAGUACAAUGGGACAUUACAGUGCAAGGAGAGUGGAGAGUUCAACAAGGGGUUGUUCCUAACAGAAACUAUAGUAGGUUUCAUGUUGCCCAUGCUGGGGUUCCUGGGAAGCAACCUGGCUGUUUUUCUCACUAUUAAGAAUGCAGGACCUCCAACACCCACUUCCUCCAGUCCUUCACUUGCCCGCAAGAUGAUGAGGCUGUACCACGUGCUCUUUUUCACCAUGCUCCUCUUCCUCACCUGCUGGGUGCCCUAUUUUGUCUGUCGAUUUAUACAGGCUUUGGCCGACCCAAACUCUGCACGAUAUUAUGCAGCAAGCAAUAGCAAAUACAUAUCUCUGUACCUGGUGUACAUCAAAAGUGCUCUGAACCCUGUGCUCUACGUGUUUGCUGCCAGAGGCUUAGGCCGUGCCAUCAAAGCUUCAGUGGUCUCCACUAUUGACCGACUUUUCAACGACGACUCCACAGACUCUAUACGACGGAAGUCACUGAAGAACUCGCAGAUGUAACAGAGAGGCCAGUGAUGUUGUAAUGCUUUUGCAUUUUAAUUCAGUACUUCUUAAGCAUUAAUCUUGAAUUUGUAUUUCUCCAUUUGUGCAAAUUACUCACCCCCUUUAAAAUGUGAGUUGUGUAAAUAAAAUACAGAAGUGGAAAGGUUUGGGCUACUAUAAAUGAAUGUAUUUCAAAGGGUCUGAAAGCCACAGCUAAUACUGUAAGUACUGCUUUGCUUUAAUAUGACACUUUCUACAUGCAGAGAUGUGAUCCUAACUGGUCUGUGCAUUUCAAGGAGCUUGACUGUUAAUGACUUGUUGUGAAUGCACAUAUUUUUUUGUUAUUUCUCAGGCUAUUAAAGAUUUUGAGAAUUUGAA